GAUGAGUACUUAUCUACGGGAGUUGGAAGGAAAGUUAUCAAAUGACCCAUUUUUUACAGAGAAGAUGAACGGCGGCGGAGGAGUUGACGGCAGCGUUGGGAUGAGGCGUGUUUGGAUUCCGGGACCUGUUAUAGUUGGUGCAGGGCCCUCGGGAUUAGCUGCGGCGGCGUGUUUGAAACAAAGAGGAGUACCAAGUGUUAUACUUGAGAGAUCCAACUGUAUUGGGUCGUUGUGGCAGUUAAAGACUUAUGAUCGUCUACGGUUACAUCUACCGAAGCAAUUUUGUGAGCUGCCGUUUAUGGGUUUUCCGGUGGAAUUUCCGACGUAUCCUUCUAAGCAACAAUUCGUGAAGUAUUUGGAGGAUUACGCUGAGAAAUUUGAUAUACGGCCGAGAUUCAACGAGACGGUUAUAGAAGCAGAGUAUGAUCGUACCCUCGGGUUUUGGCGCGUGAAAAGCAAACGCGGUCGUUUUGAGGAAACAGAGUAUGUCUCACGGUGGUUGAUCGUAGCUACCGGAGAAAAUGCGGAGGCGGUGGUGCCGGAGCUUGACGGAAUGGAUGUUUUUGGUGGUUCGAUAAAACAUACAAGUUUAUAUAGAAGCGGUGAAGAAUUUCGUGGCAAGAAAGUUUUGGUUGUUGGCUGUGGAAAUUCAGGCAUGGAAGUCUGUUUGGAUCUUUGUGAGCAUAGUGCUACUCCUUAUCUCGUCGUCAGAGAUACAGUUCACGUACUACCACGAGAGAUGCUGGGAAGAUCGACUUUCGGAUUGUCCAUGUGGUUGCUAAAGUGGUUUCCCAUACGUCUUGUCGAUGCGUUCUUGCUAAUGGUGUCGAGGUUCAUACUUGGGGAUACUGCAAGAUUCGGAUUGGACCGGCCCAUUAUGGGCCCACUUCGUCUCAAAAACUCGUCCGGAAAGACCCCUGUCUUGGAUGUUGGUACUCUUGCCAAAAUCAGAAGUGGACAUAUUAAGGUACGCCCUAGCAUCAAACGGCUGAAACGUCAAGCAGUGGAGUUUGUUGAUGGAAAAACUGAAAGAUUUGAUUCCAUAAUAUUGGCAACUGGUUAUAGAAGCAAUGUGCCCUCUUGGCUAAAGGAGGGCGAAAUGUUUGGGAAAGAAGAUGGGAUGCCAAGGAUGCCAUUUCCAAAAGGAUGGAAAGGAGAAAGUGGGCUAUAUGCAGUGGGAUUCACAAAGCGUGGAUUACUCGGCACAUCAAUGGAUGCUAAAAGAAUCGCCGAGGACAUCGAACGGUGUUGGAAAGCCGAUGCCAAGCUCUGUACUCCCACCAUGCAAUCUCCACCGUCCACGUAG